GGCGGCCGCUCGGCCUGAGGAGAGGCAACUCCGCCGCCCUGGGGGGACGGGCCACAGCGUCGUGACUGGCCCCGCCCGCAGCCCGUCUGUGUGGUGCGGGCAGAGGGGCAGCUAGAGCAGGAGCGCUGCACCCCCGAGUGCAGAACCGGACCUACUGGACCCUGGGGAUGGGAGAGGCGCUCAGGUGAAGAGCCGCUGGGGAGCUGGAAGAGCCGGGUAUCAAGCCUGCAUCCCGCUGCCUUCUGCCUCCUCAGAAUAAAGGGCUCUGCUGUACGCAUCGAUGAGACAGUUGCACUCCCAUUCAUCACUGUUUGCUUGAAAUUUCCCUCUUCACAUUGUGUCGGUAGAGUUUGUGACAGUCCCCAGGACGAGUGUACACGCCCCUGUGCAAUUCCCUAAGAGCUACUCAGAUAAGAUUUGGGGCUAUCCUGUAAUGGAAGAAAAUGGAGUUGACCAUGACAUCAGCAUGCAAACAGUCAAUGAUUUACUUGGUGUCAACUGUAAUAAUACAGGAAACUCUAAGACAGAUGACAGAGUGAUUCAGCAACUAACCUGCAUGGAUUCCAAGGAUCCAUCACUUGAACAGAAUGACUCUCCAGCAGUCUUGCCCAACACAGUGCAUGUUUCGGACAAUUCAUCUGUGUCAUCAAAUACACCAGUGCAGCUAUCCCAGGCUCAACCUCUUUCCACGGAAGAAUUCCAUCUGGUGGACCAGAAUGGCCAGCCUCUGUAUGAAGUACAGUCAGUAGGGGGUUCUAGUACACAGAUGAUGAUUGUUGCCAGUCAGUCAGAACAUGGACAAGUGCUACAUGUAAUUCCUUCUACUCAGCCAGGAAUGGCACAAGUGAUUAUUCCUCAAGGGCAACUUCUGGAUGUCACCAGUACGCAAGAUAUUUCAGAAGAGAAAUGCAAUGAUGGAAACUUAGCAGACAGUACAAGCCGUUACAUACUUCAUCCACAAACAUCUCUCACGGUGUCCAAAAAGACAACAACCAGAAUAGGGGAAGACCUUUUCCCUGUCCCUCUCCAGCCGCUGCCCCCAAACACUCCUGCAUGGGCCCGACGUCUGAGGAACUGCGAGAAAAUUGGGGACUCGUACCGCGGCUAUUGUGUGAGCGAGACAGAAUUAGAGAGUGUUCUAACGCUACACAAGCAGCAAACACAAAGUGUGUGGGGGACGCGCCAGUCUCCAAGCCCAGCCAAACCUGCCACACGGUUGAUGUGGAAAUCUCAGUAUGUCCCAUAUGAUGGGAUCCCUUUUGUCAAUGCAGGAAGCAGAGCCAUUGUGAUGGAAUGCCAGUACGGGCCAAGGAGGAAAGGUUUCCAGCCCAAAAAAACUAGUGAGAUGGAAAAUGCCGCCUGCCAGUUGUACAAAGCCACUUGUCCAGCACGUAUCUAUAUUAAAAAGGUACAAAAGUUUCCUGAGUAUAGAGUCCCCACUGAUCCCAAAAUCGACAAGAAAAUCAUAAGAAUGGAACAAGAGAAAGCUUUCAACAUGCUGAAGAAGAACUUGAUAGAUGCUGGAGGAGUCCUCAGAUGGUAUGUGCAAUUACCCACCCAGCAGGCCCACCAAUAUCAUGAAAUGGAGACCUGCCUCCCUCCUUCACCGUCUGCUUUCCCCAUAUCGUCUCCUGAGGAAGAGGAAGAUGUAUUGAGAGAUGAGAACUGUACUUUACCCUCCCGACUUCACCCACAAGUAGCGGAUAAGAUUCGAGAACUGGUGACUCAGGGAAUAGAACAAGUCUAUGCAGUGAGGAAACAACUAAGAAAGUUUGUGGAACGAGAAUUAUUCAAGCCUGAUGAAGUACCAGAGAGGCAUAACUUGUCCUUCUUCCCAACUGUGAAUGAUAUCAAGAACCACAUCCAUGAGGUGCAGAAGUCCCUGGGAAAUGGGGAGAUGGUCUAUAAUGCAGAAAGCAUCCCAGCAACGCUCCAGUGGACCACAGAUGGUGGGACUGUUCUCACAGAGACAGUGACUGUUACAUUUGCCUCACCACCGCCUGAGGGGAGUUCACCAGGAGAAUCAAUCAUUACCAAAGUGGAAUCCAGUCACCCAGGGGAGAACUUACCUCCAGAGACAGCUCAGCUGUUGUCCUCGCUCUCUUCGCUCCACCCCAAGAUAUUUGCACAGCUUCAGGGAUUACAGCUACAACCAACGUUCACCUCCAUGGAUGGAGCAACAGCCCUGAUAGCAGUAAAUAACCAUUCUCCUCCCAACCCUGCCAGCAUUCUGGAUUCCUUAGGGAGUGUGAUAACCAACCACUCUCUAGUACUGAGUCAGGGACACAACCUUCAUUCAGGUUCCAGUCUAACCCAGAGCAACAGUACUGCCUCCGCUCUUGGAAAUCUGCCUAUAUCUGAUCAAAAUCUGGUCACUAUGGGGCAGUUGGUAACUGUUGGAGGUGUAGAGGAUACAGGAAGCCUGGAGGGAGGGAUCCAUCAGUUUCUUUUGGGAGACGUCCAGACCAUUCCAAUACGGAUUGUAGACAAUCAUCCAGAUCUUAUUGAAGAAAGUCCAGAGGGUACCAUUUGUGUGGGCCAAGUUAAACAAGAACCCAAAGAACAAGCAUUGUCUGUGGAGGCAGAUAGAAUCAGAGACUGCCAGAGCUCUGCUGCUAUUUAAAUCUGUGAAGGCAUUAAGGAUUUGCAACUCGGAGGACUCGGUCUUGGAAAAGAAGGCGGAUAUUCUCCAAACAAUGCCAUUUUUCAAAUGGCUUUGUGACAGUCUGUGUAGGCUCCAUACACUAGUUCUGACAGACAGCUGCUUUGAUUUACAGCUGAUACGGUUCACUGCCAAUUCCAGGUCAUUCAGUUCCUAUAUGUAGCUCCACUUUCUUCCCUUCCAAGUUUUGAGUAAUUCAGAUACUAUCCAGAUGGUCUAGUUUACUCAUAAUUUCAAUAGGUCUUCCAAAAUUAAAUCCACUAGUUUAAUAAUAUGGAUCAGAAUGCUGCUACUUACUAAUCUCUUUGAAACCCUCACCUCUCUUGGUAUUCCAAAAACAGAAUCUUCCCUGACAUGCAUCAAUAGCGGCAAUCAUUUUGACUGAAAAAUAAAGUCUUUGGAAAUCAAGGCACAACACUUGAAAAAUAUCAAGGGCAAUGGAUGCAGGAAAAAUGUGGACUGCAUCUGACAGGAAUGUUAGUGAUGCAAAGGUAAAAUAGCCAGGUGACAAUAAAAUUGGGUGAUGAACGGGAGCAGAUGGAUUGCAGAGUAAAAGAGGAUUAUGUUUUGAUGCAUUUAACAUUUUGGCUUUAUUGUGGGGUUUACUUUCUUAGCCUUCAGCCUUUACUCUGACAGAGCAGCAGCCAGCUGGUCAUAAUGACUAAAAGAAACAGUUCCAUUUUUCAGGCUUACUUCCCUCUUGUUUUGUAUAUUUACACUUUACAUUCUGAAGCAUAUGAUUUAAUAUACAGAUGGCCAUGGCAUAAGUAUUAGUGAUACCAUUAUUAAAAACAAUAUUCGAAAUCUGUAAGCCAUCUGUGGUGCACUGCUAGAUAAACAGUAGAAAAGCAAAACAAUGAUGUCACUAAUGAUGUCUUUGUAGUGGUCAGAGAAUAAAUGGGUCUCAGGUUUUCCCUGAGACAGCUGUUACGACUGAACAGGGUCUAUGUUUCUGGUCAGUUGAAUUUAAGGAGCUAACUGGAUUAAUGUCAGAAGAAUAUUUUUUUCCACAUCAUGCUCAAAGACAAGUCCAUAACAAGUAGCAAGAACUGAUUUAUAUCUUAUGUGCCAUGCAGAAUUCAUAAUGAAUUACUGAUACUUACAAAUAUUUUAAAGUCAGUUUUAAGCAAAAAAUGAAAUAAAACUGAUACAACAUAGAUACCAAAUUAAAUAACAAUUGCUUUGCUUUGGAUGUUGUUUACAGCAUCAACUCUAACAGAUAUCCAUUAUUAAUCCACAUUCUCAGCCAUAACAAUUCACUCUUGGUUUUAUAACGUGCAAGAUCAGUUUGACUAUGGUUUUACUCACAGAUUUGCAAAGGAAAAAGCAUUACAAGUAUGAUUUGUGCAUGUAAAGGAUAAAAACUGUUCAAAUUGAUACUGUUAAUGAGUGUUCGAAAUAUGCACAGAUAUCUUUAAAUCUUAGAAAUCUGAAUGAAUCUUGAAUUUCCUUACUCUUGAGCAUUUAAAGCUAAAGAUUCUUGAAAUCUCCCGUUAUGCUUAGUUUCUCUAAAUAUCUUUACAGGCUGCAUCAGUUAAGGUCAUACCUCCAUUGAGUAUUGCUGAUACUGUUAACGUUAAAAUCUGUUUCUAGUUCAAAUUAGAAUGUUCCAACAGGGAGUGUGUGCUCUUUUUAAGUAAGAGACGGCAUGUUGGCAGUUACAAAAUCUUCAGUUGUGUGGAGACUCAUAGAUUGCAUUUAAACUCAUGUCUUUUGUGGUAUGCCUUACACAUUUCUGCUGGGGUAAAUACAAUGAUAUUUUGCUGUGCAUUUUAUUUUUCUGUUAACUUUGUGACAUCUUGUCCACUUCAGGACCAUAGUGUACCAACUGAAACUGUAAAAUGAGCAGGAAAAGGAAAUAGAUAUUCAACAGUAUUUUAGAAACUGAUUCUUCUUCCCACUCAGCUACUGUUGAAUAUCCCAUUUCCUUUUCCUGCUCCUUUUGCAGUUUCAUUUGUACAUUCCAGAACAGAUUACCCUUCUCAAAAUUCUAUGAUAUUGACUUUGAAAUCUUGACUCAGAGCAGCAAAUUAGUAUUAAAAAUUACCAGUGACAGGUUUACAACAUUCUAUAUUCGUGCUUAAUAUAAAAAACUAGGGUAAAACUUUUCAUUGAUUUGAAUACCAGCAUAUUUAAUACUUCUUAUUUCCCCCGUGACAAUGCUUAGGAAGGGCUAUUCUUCUCUCAGUUGCUAUUCCUCCACCAGUUACUAUUCCUCCUAAUAUGAUAUGUGGUCUGAUUUUUGCACUAACCAGGAGAAAAUUCAAAGGAUAUGGACUUCACUCUUGGUAAAUACAGGCUAUUAAAGGAAACACUCUUUUAGGUCAUUUUGAAUAGCGGACUGAAGAGUGACUUUCCUCAGUCUAGUUUGAAUUGCAUAGUACCCUGAAAAGAAUAGAACCAGAAGGAUGGAGAGGGGGUUGGGUUUUUGUUUUUUGUCAAAGUACAGCGAGAGAUAAAUUUAAAGGGUCCAGUUAUGUAGUGAAAGAAAUUACACAUUAAUAUAAAAGUUUUAAUCCCUGUUUUUUUGCCAUCCUAUUUCUCCUGGUUUUUAUUUCUAGAACAUUAUAAAAUAAUUGAUCUUGUUUUAAAUGUUUGUGGCUGAUAUUCUAAUUAUAGUAUCAAAAUGAACUUCAAAUUCUUUAAAUUCCAAUUAUUUUCCCUCUAAAUAUAAACUCUGGUAAUGUCACAUUUUUCUUCUGAGAGAGCAUAGUCUUUUCUCUUACAGAGUUAUACGUACAUUACUUGUGUUAUGUUUCCCACAGACUAAAAUGAACUAGCCACAUAGGCCCACUCAUUGUAGUCAAAUUGGUAUUUUGAUCUGCUAGUUUCCAAUUGAAGGUUACAGAUAAAACGCCUGAUUCUCCUCUCAUGAACAUGUAUAAACUAAAUUGAUUACAUUGUAGUUACAUCAGUGUUAAACUACUGUGAGUGAAUGAAGAAUCGACCCCAGUGCUGUUCUGAAUAUGUUGCAUAGUCAUUUAUUGUGAGUUUACAUGCAAAACAGUUGGCUUUGAGUUCACAAUAGGAAUUAGAAACAUUUCUAAAGUUAACUUUGGCAUGUUCAAAACACUUGUUUUACAACUCUACUAAUUUUGAACUUCCACAUGGUUUAAAAUGAACUAAUUUUCACCAGUCUUUCCCCCUUACGUCAGUUGCUCAUGAAGAGUGGUUGGUCUGCUUCAACAGAAAGGUUGUGUGUAUGCAAAAACUAUUGGGUAAAAUGCAGAAAAAUCACCAAAAAGACAAGAGACCAUGGUUCCUGUUUAAGCCUAGAAACCAGCAAGGUUACAAUGCCUUCUUUUCCUUUAUCUGCUGUCAAGAUACAAGCUUGAUUGUAUAGUCUGAAGAAUGUUUCAGUUUGUACAAAGUUUAAAGAGAGACAAAUCUAUAUAUAUUGUAAACUAAUGUAUAGUGUUUCUUGUUGAAAUGUAAACUUUUUUUUUAAAGAAAAAGCCUGUAUUAUGUAAUAAUUUAAGUCUUGGUUGUAUUUUUCCUACAGGUUGAGGUGCAGUUUGUGUAAUGCUGCUUAUCUAAAAUAAUUGCUUUUGAUACAUAUAUAUUAAUAUUGACUGCUGAAAUAGUCCAUAAACAGAAAAACUUUGAAAAUGCUAAGUCUUAUAUAAAACAAAAAUAUCCUAGAGCCAUUCUCAGUGUAUCAGAAGUUUUGCUUAUUUAAAAGGAUGGACACAAGUUUGUUAUAUGUUUCCUCACUAUUAUAUGCAAAAUUUGAAAGUGCCUACAUCCAAGUAAGUAUCCAUUUAUUAUUUAUACAUCAUCUAGGUGUAUAUAUUGAUAUGUGCAGCUGAAGUAUCUUCCUCUUGAAAUCUGGCUUGAAAUCUGAAGUUAGUUUUAAGACAUAGUAGCCUCAUUUGCUGCCUCCUAUGGGGAAAAAACCCUUCCUCAGUGUUCCUUCAGGGAACAUAUUUUGCCAUCAAACCGGCCAUGGAUGUCAGUCCUGAAUGUUUGGGAUCCACAGGAGACCAAAGUCGUUUGUGCACAAGACCUUUGCCUCUUCAGUCUCCUCCUGUUUGUUCACCUUGUUCCUAGCAGUGUGGCUAAGUCUACGCUAAAGGGGAAGGUCAAAUCAAGGUACGCAACUCCAGCUAACGUUAAUUACAUACCUGGAUUUGACGUACCUUCAGUUGAGUUUCCCCACUAUCCCGAGAGCAGGAGGCCAAUGGAAGCAAACCUUCCAUUGGCUUUCCUUCUUGCAGGAGUACCAGCUGGAAGAUGCCCUGUGGGUAUGAUUUAGUGAAUCUUAACUAGUCCUGCUAAAUUGAACUCUGGAAGAUCGAUUGAGUGAAGACAUGGCCUAUGGCUUCAUUGGAGUUAUGCUUAUCAAGGACAAUCCCUUGCUGCAGCUGACACUUAGGGUAGGAUUGAGAGGGCUCAGCAGAAAAACUACAGUGUCAUGCUGUAUUUUCCUGCAUUGUGGUGUGUUUUGUUUGAGGGGCUUUUUUGGUGGGAGGAGAACCAGCAAAGGUGAGUCCCAAAAGAAGGAAUAUUUGGGCUACUUAAAGAGAUGUCAGGACAGUGCAACCUGUGAAAGACUAUCGGAGACAUCACAGGGAAGACCAUGAAAGCUAUUCUAGGAAGGUGGACUUCCCUGGAGAGGAGUAUUGCUGUGAGGUGAUGUUCAUGAAGAGAAAUGGGAGGGGUGUUUCAAGGCUGUGGUUCUUGUGGAGGAAGGAGCUGGAGUUGGGUGCCCCAUCUGUUGUGGGAGGAGGCUCCAUAAAGAGGAAGAUGUAGGGGGCUGAGCUUCCGAGAGUGGGAUACUGCUGUGGUCAGCAUUA